AUGCUGACACGCUCGCGCAAGCUCUUCAUCUAUCCUAUCAAGUCUCUGGGCCCGGUCGAAGUGACGACGGCCGAAGUGACAAACGAGGGCCUGCGCUUCGAUCGACAAUAUAUCCUCGUCAAGCAGCCCGUCGAUCCUUCGGCAGGCAUCGUGCAGCAUGUAACCAUCAAGAACAACUGGUCGCUUGGCCUCUUCCGCACCUCCAUCGACAAGUCGUGGUCUCAACUCACCAUCACCCACAUCCAGGCUGACGACAAUGCCGUCAUCUCCAUCCCUUUGACGCCGUCGCCGCUGAGUCUCUUUCGUGCCGCGACGUUUCGGGUGAGCAUCUUUGGCACGCAAGCGCCGGGCAUCGAUAUGGGCGAGAGGAUCGCGUCUUACUUCUCCCGCCACCUGAAUUUCCCUGCCCGCCUCCUCUACAUUGGCGGCAACGGUCAGCGAGAGAUCCCGGGAGCGGUGUUCAAAGCACCGACCGAGUCUGUGUCUUUUUCCGUCAACGACAAGCUGCUGCCGCAGAGGAUCCGCUUUGCAGACGCAUCACCACUGCUCAUCACAUCGACAGCAUCCGAAGAGGAUGCGCGGCGACGCUUGCCACCCGCCGCUCGUGGCGGGGAUGUCAUCCUCCGCUUCCGCUCCAACAUCCACGUAGACGUUGGCGACGAGCAGGGUCCUUACGAGGAAGAUGGCUGGGGUAUGCUGGCCAUUCGAUCCCAGCUGAAUUCCGAUCUGGAGGUUUCCGUGCGGUGCCUUUUCAAGGCGGUGCGGUGCCUCAGUUUGAACGCCGACCUGGUCAAUGGUGGCAUGUGUGCGACACCCGAGCAGCUGUAUGGCCUGCUCAUGAGGGACAGACGGGUGAAUGAAAAGCUUCCCCACAAACCGGUCUUCGGGCAAUACGCAUGUGCCGGCCCGAGUGGCGCCGUGCUUCGCGUGGGUGACGAAGUAGUGGUGACGAGCCGAGUGCACAAGUCACCUACGCCACUACUGACUCCAGCUCCCAACGGCUGA